UGGGCGACGAUGGGCGACAUAAAGAAGAAUGGCCAGCUGGCGAGAAUAAAAGACGAGGCAAAAGUCGUUAGACCCCUCGGAUAUUUGUAUAGAACGCUUCGAGGCAGCCAUGCUCUCGCUGGACCUUUACCGGAGCUCUAUGCUCACAUGCAGGUUUGCGGUGCCUGCAACCCUCCUUCCAGUAGAGUCGUAUACAAAAUUGCAGCAGACAGUUGAGUCGGCUAUCUCCCGGAUCCUGCUAGAACACCCUCUUCUACGUGUUGGUUUACGAGGUGAACACAGUCGUAUGCCCGCUUUCGUCGAGCUAGAUGCAGUCGACUUUUCCCGUCACAUCGAAUGGCGCCAUCUCGACGGCGGCAAGGACUAUGAUAUCGAACUUGAAGCUCUUAUCAAGAGACGUCUCAAUAUCAAGGUGGAACAGCCCGAGACAGCACCAGCAUGGCGUAUUCUUAUAUUAAGCAUUGAGAGCGGGGGAUUCAUCGACAUCAUAUGGGAAUGGGGUCACUCUCACGCUGACGGUAUUAGCGCAAAGACAUUUCACGAAGAUAUGCUGCGGCAUCUAAAUGGCAAUAAUAAUUCGGUGCCCGAAGAAUUUAACCCGGAAACUCGUAUUCUCACAAUACCUCUUGCCCGGCAAAGAGACUUACUACCGUCACUUCACUCAUUAUGCGACUUCCCCGUCGGAAUAGGAUUCACGCUGGCCACACUGUGGAAUGAGUUCAAGCCGGCAGUGCUGCAGGCCAAAUCCAAAGUGGAGUUGCGCGCGGCCUGGGCGCCCCUCCGGCCUGGGCAUUACGCGUCGGAGUACCGACACUUUGGCAUAUCUCAUAUCGCUCUACAAAAUAUCAUAACAGCAUGCCGCGUUCACCGUACUACUCUGACAGGCCUACUACAGGCGCUCGCGCAUGCCAGUCUCGCAUGCAGAUUAUCGGACGAGCAAGCGCGCGCGUUCCGAGGGUCUACAAUCGUAAAUUGGCGUCCGCUGAUGAGGCGAGCGUUGAAUGAGAAGGCAAAGGCCGAGGUGAGAGAUGUAGAUCUCGUACGGACUAUGGGAAAUUACAUGACGACGGUAGAUCAUGUGUUCGAUGAGGAAUGGGUUACGAAGAUCAGGACGGCGAGUGUUAUUAACGAUUCUUCUCACCGGGCACUUAAACAUUCGGAAGAUAAAAGAUGCGAGCCCGAAGAGUAUUUCAAGGAUCAAGAAAUGGUCGAGCGUCGUAUGCUCGCUCUCCAAUCCUUAAUAUGGCCCGUCGCGAAAACGGUGCGUGGCGACUUAGUAAAGAGACUAGACGAGGGAACCAAGAACGACCAGAUGGGUCUAAUGAAGUUCAUCUCCGACUUUCGCGCGUUGCUGAAAGAGCGGUUGGAGAAGCCAAGAUCCCACUCAGUCGCCGUGUCUAAUAUAGGAGUUAUCGAUGGUAAAGCCCCUUCGUCUUUAAGCGACAUUAAAAAUUCUGUAGAAGGCGCCUCGGAUGCUUUUACGGGGGCAAAUUCCAGGUGGUCCAUCGAUAAGUCGAUAUUCUCCAUCAGCUCCGAAGUUCAUGGCGCAGCGCUCGGAGCUUGCCUUGUCGCGGCGAAAGAUGGAGAACUAUAUGUGUCCUGCGGCUGGCAGGAGAAUGCCGUAUCUACGGACCUGGGGGGAGGAUUAACGGGCGGACUUGGAGUCGUGGCUAAAGUUCUUCGGACGGGAUCAGGCCCAAUGAGUAUUGCCCCCCGUUUCGCGGUCCCCAUCUAGCCAUAAGUCUUGUUUCCACGAGCUAUAAUAUGUGGAUUAUAUGACUCGACGGGUUAGAACCUAGCUUGAUGCCCUAUAAGACACAAAUAACGUACUGUAUUUAACCAUGAAGUCUUGUAGCACAAUGAGUCAUGCUAAUUGAAACGUUUUGCUGUCGAAGCUUCCCAAAUAAAUGCGUUGAAAACUCAAGCCAAUAGCUUAGGUCCUAGAUGCCUCCGGUGGCCCCUGUCGGGGAGACUGCUCGCUCUCGAAAGGGAAGCAAAAUGAGACUAUCGUGUAUUGUAUGUGAGGUUAGACCAAACGCCCUCUUGGUCUCAUCAUUAAUAUCUCUUUCGACGGUGCCCAGUAACUGACUCCUUAGUAAGACUAGAGCAACAUUUAUGUAAGUCGAACUACAUCAUAUUUAAACAAUUUCUCCUGCUCCUCGGUCUGUGUCAAGAUUCCAUAUAGCGCAACGUUGUGCUGAGUAUAACUUAUUUGCUACCCGGCUCUAUAUUCAUCCUGUCUUUGAAACUGGGUUGGCACCGAAGCCAAAGUGUACCCCGACGUAGAUAACGUUUACCUUGGACUU